AAAGAGAGAGAAAGGUGACUCUUUUUUAAGUAAAUAUAGCCUAGGCUACAUGUAUACUUGCGGCUCAGUACAUUCAAAACGUUCUUUCAAAACAAUCAGACGUCCCCGACUUGACUAGUACAAAAUCGUCUUUUAGUAAUUCGCGCCAUACAAGAAUGAACUGUGUAAACAGUGAGCAAAUGUCUGCUUGUUUGAAGUGAUCCAGUUAUAUUGGCAAAUAAAACAACUAUCGUCUCAGUUCAAAGUACCCGAAAAGGGAUCGCGUUUGCUUGCAGGGGAGUGGGACGUGUCUGCGUGGUCGUCUGCUUGCGAAAUUUAGUGGCGUUUACGAAGGCGGGAAACAAGUAGCCGUGCAUUGAGAUUGUAUCUGUGAUCGAGUUGAUGUUGCUGUUGUCUGCGUGAUCCGACCAAGCUUUUCUCUCAGGACUUAAUCAUAAGAGGGAAGGUGACCAGUACUCUUAUCAGCAAUGGCUAACUUAGAUGAUUUUCAGCAGGCUAUAUUAGACGCCCAUAACAAGUUACGGUCCGAGAGAGGCGUCCCUGCUUUAGCCUGGGCCACUGACAUCGCCACCACCGCCUCCAACUGGGCGCAGAAUAUAUCAGAGAAGGGCUUCCUGCAAAACAGUGACAACCAAGUUUUAGGAGAGAAUAUCCUUAUGACGACAGAAGACUUGGAUGGAGACCAUGUCGUAUUGAAAUGGCUACAAGAAGAGAACAAUUAUGACUAUGAUAAUCAGAAAUGGCAAAAAGGUACAAGUCGGUUUACGCAGAUGAUCUGGAAAGCGAGCACCGAGUUCGGCGUCGCCAAGGUCCCACUACGGAACAAAGACGGGUUCGUGAUCGUGGCGAACUACCGACCUCGUGGAAACGGUAACAGACCGGGCGAGUACCAGAAGAACGUCCCGUCGAGAAGCGAUGAUACCGUCUAGCGGUAGCAGUUGGCUGGUCUUUUUAGCUGUUUUUUUUAGAUCAUAGUUAUAACAAGAUCGCAACCACUUUCGAAAACUCAACCUAAGAUAAUUCCAAUCGCCUUGUUCGUCACCUAUUGGAAUAUACGAAGAUGACAAUGACGUAUUACGUAAUCUGAACAUGAUUUGAACAAUAAUAGGAAAUAGAAAUCACCCUUGGGUUGAUUUUUUAAUAGUUGCGGUCCUGUUUUCUUUUAUUUUUUGCGCAGAGUUUUAGAAGAGUAAAGAAGAAAGUUUUAAUAUAAAUUUAUUUAAGGUUGCUAACACAGUACUCUAGAUGUAUGGUUCAUCAAAAUCCUUGACAAUCAAUCCGUUGGCAAUUCCGAUACCAUAUUGCAGUAUAUUGCUUACAGAACUUCACUUUGGAUGAUGUUCUUAUGGUACAUUGUAAAGUUCGCAUAUUUUAAAAGAUGAAGGACAGUCCAAGGCUGUCGAAAUUGUCGAGGGUUCUUUUUUAUUUUUGGUGAAAAGUUUUUGCGAUCGAUCAUAUCAAAGUGUUUCAAUUUAGCUAGUUGUAACACUUUACUCUAUCAUAGGUAUCAAAAGCAUACAGAAAGAUAGGGGAAAUAAAGCAUGGGCCCAGUCAUUGAGAGGGGAGGGUGGGGGUGGAGGUCUUGGUGUCAUGGGGGCUCUGGUUUUAUGAGGCGAAUUACAUACGAAAGAACAAGGCCCUCUGAGUUGUGAGAGCGUGUAAUGGCUGCAAAUCUCCGUUGCCUUGCCCUCUCCCUCUCAUUAUCUCUGAAUCCUUUUUCGCCGUUAGAUUAGAGGGCCUACACCUGUAUGGCGAGGAGCAUUUCUAGAUAAAAUGCCUUACUCAACGACAUGCCUUGCUGGUGUUCGGACCCACGACCUUGCAUUUUCAGUCUAGUGAUUAAACCAUUCGACUACUGGCGAUCUAUAGAAAUGGCUGCAACAGUGUAGAUAUAUAAACAGCAUUGAGUCUUCAUCGAAAUAAAACUGCUUUAUUAUUUGUGCUACUUAAUUAUUUAUCGUAACUCCCAGCCUAGAUUGAGUAAAAAGUUGGUAUAAUUGUUCUAAAUUUUCAUAACGUCUUUUGAGGUUUAAAAAAAAAAAAUUAACCAAAGUAUAUGAUUUCGACGUUUGGAUAUUAAUCAGCUCUUACUAUAUUAAAAGAUCACCUCGAAAACUGAACGAUAAAAAAAAAGUAUUUUACCCUUUAUAUAAUAUUGAUGCAAUUCCGUUUUUACGAUGAGGAUAUUCAUAACUUUUAAGAUUCGUAUGUAUAUAAUGCUUUUGUUUUUUAAUUGUACUUAAAUGUCCUAUGACCAGAAUGAUAAUUGCCUGUAAGAUAUAGAUUCGCUCUCUGUUCGCUCUUGACGACAAAGAUAAAGGUUACAGAAGAUAGUUUAGGCUUUACAAAUUUACAUUGACUUCUCUCGUUAAAAAUAUCUUGUAUCCUAUAGGACAAUGCCCUGUCAAUAGUUUACAUUCCCUAUGCUCACCGUUUACUGUGCAGAUAAAGAUAAAUGUAUAGGCUAGAUAUUUUUUAAUGACAUGACCUUGUCUAGUUCUAGAAGUUGUAAUGAUUAUCUUGAAUAUCCAGAUAAUAAGUAUCUUAUAUUUAUCAUUAUUUACUACAGAUCGGAAGCAAAUGUCUUUCUAAAAUCUCCUGAAAUGUCUUCCAUUAUCUCUAUAUUUCUGUUCAUUGUGAUGUGCUUUCUUAGUAAUGUUCAUUUUGUAUAUAUAGAAAUAUAAAAUAAAAUAUCCUUUUCUCUCUUUCUGA